GCUUGGCAUCAUCAGUUGCCAGACAAACUGCAUUACAAUGAAGUUGAUCGUAUGCCUGGGCCUGCUACUAAUCCUGGCUGUGACAAAUGCGUUGACUUCUACGCAUGAGGCGACAGCUCCAACGGGAAUGGAAUGGCAUCCACGCCAGAAACGCGCCACCUGCGAUCUGCUGAGCUUCUGGAACGUAAAGAACACAGCCUGUGUGGCCCACUGCCUGGCCAGGCGCUACAAGGGCGGCUACUGCAAUAACAAGGCCAUUUGUGUUUGUCGGCGUUAAAUUCAUUAAUUUAUAAUCAAAUAAAAUAUGCGAACA